AUGGGAGGGGGUUCAGGGGUCGCCAUCAAAAUCAUCGACAAGACCCAGCUGAACCCCACGAGCCUGCAGAAGCUGUUUCGGGAAGUUCGGAUCAUGAAGGGGCUGAACCACCCCAACAUCGUGAAGCUGUUUGAGGUGAUCGAGACGGAGAAGACGCUCUACCUGGUCAUGGAGUACGCCAGCGCAGGUGAGGUGUUCGAUUACCUGGUGUCCCACGGGAGGAUGAAGGAGAAGGAGGCGCGGGCCAAGUUCAGACAGAUCGUCUCGGCCGUGCACUACUGCCACCAGAAGAACAUCGUGCACAGGGACCUCAAGGCCGAGAACCUGCUGCUGGACGCCGACGCCAACAUCAAGAUCGCCGAUUUCGGCUUCAGCAACGAGUUCUCGCGGGGCUCCAAGCUGGACACGUUCUGCGGCUCGCCGCCCUACGCCGCCCCCGAGCUCUUCCAGGGCAAGAAGUACGACGGGCCCGAGGUGGACAUCUGGAGCCUGGGGGUCAUCCUCUACACGCUGGUCAGCGGCUCGCUGCCCUUCGACGGCCACAACCUCAAGGAGCUGCGGGAGCGCGUCCUGCGGGGCAAGUACCGCGUGCCCUUCUACAUGUCCACGGACUGCGAGAACAUCCUGCGCCGCUUCCUGGUGCUCAACCCCGCCAAGCGCUGCACCCUCGAGCAAAUCAUGAAGGACAAAUGGAUCAACAUCGGCUACGAGGGCGACGAGCUGACGCCCUACACGGAGCCCCAGGAGGACUUUGGGGACACCAAGCGCAUCGAGGUGAUGGUGGGCAUGGGGUACACGAGGGAGGAGAUCAAGGAGGCGCUGAGCACCCACAAGUACAACGAGGUGACGGCCACCUACCUGCUGCUGGGGCGCCGGGGAGAGCCCGAGGGUGGCACUGGCCUGUCCCUGUCCCUGUCGCGGCCGCGGGGCCCGGCCGAGGCGCCCAACGGUGCCACCAAGUCGGGGACGUCGGGGACGCACGGCAAGGGACAGCGCGGGGGGGGCCACCACCGGCAGCGGCGGCACAGCGACUUCUGUGGCCCCGCCCCCUCCUCCUCGGCCCCGCCCCGCCGCAGCCCCCCCGGCGCCGCCCCCCCCGCGGAGCUGCGGGAAGGGGGCGUGGCCGGGGGCGUGGCCGCGCCCGGCGGGGGCGUGGCUCCGGCGCGGCGCGGCAGCGGCGGCUCCGGGGGGGCGUGUCCCGGGGGGGCGGGGCGAGGGGGCGGGGCCGCCCCUCCCCCCUCGCCCCUGGUCAGCAGCGCCCACAACCCCAACAAGGCCGAGAUCCCCGAGCGGCACCCGGACUGCGCGCCCCACGUGCCCCCCAGCGUGAUGGGCCGCAGGAACACCUACGUGUGCUCGGGGGGCGAGCGGCACCUGCUGCUGCCCAACGGCAAGGACAGCCUGCCGUCCCGCCCGCCGCCGUCCCCCUCCAGCCACUCGCUGGGCGGGGCUCACCUGGCGCACCUGGCCCGCGGCUGCUCCGCCCGCAGCACCUUCCACGGGGGGGGCGGGGCCGGGCGCGAGCGCCGGGGGGGGGGCGCGGGAGCCCCUCCCCCCGCCUCGCCCCCCCCCGCCCCCGCCGCCGCCUCCCCCCGGCCCCGCCCCACGGCCACGCUGCUGAGCAAGAUCACCUCCAAGCUGACCCGCAGGGUGUCCCUCGACCCCUCCCGCCGCCAGAGCUCCAAUCGCUGCGUCUCGGCCACGCCCGGCCCCGGCGCCACCAAGAUCCGGUCGCAGACGAACCUGCGGGAAUCGGGGGACCUGCGCUCACAAGUUGCCAUCUACCUGGGGAUCAAGCGGAAGCCGCCCCCCGGCUGCUCCGAGGGGGGGGGGCUCUGACGCCCCUCCCCCGCACGGGGCAACGGCCCCGGGACCCCCCCCCCCCGGGAGCAGAACGGGACCCCCGGGACCGGAUCGGGACCCCCGGGACCCCCCCGGGAGCAGAACGGGACCCCCGGGACCGGAUCGGGACCCCCGGGACCCCCCCGGGAGCAGAACGGGACCCCCGGGACCGGAUCGAGACCACCAGAAGGAGACCGGGACCCCCCCCCCGGGACCCCCGGAACCGGAUUGGGACCCCCGGGACCCCCCCCGGGACCACCAGAACGAGACCGGGACCCCCCCCGGGACCCCCGGAACCGGAUCGGGACCCCCGGAACGAAACAGGGACCCCCCCGGGACCCCCGGAACCCCUCCCGGGACCCCCCCCGGGACCACCAGAACGAGACCGGGACCCCCCCGGGAGCAAAACGGGACCCCCGGGACCCCCAGAACUGGAUUGGGACCCCCGGGAUUCCUCCGGGACCCCCCCCGGGACCCCCGGGACCCUCCCCGGGUCCCCCAGAACGAGACCAGGACCCCCAGAACCGGAUUGGGACCCCCGGGACCCCCCCCGGGACCCCCAGAACCGGAUCGGGACCCCCCCAGGACCAGAACGGGACCCCCAGAACCUGCCCGGGGGACCCCUCCAGGAGCCCCCCCCCAGGAGCCCCCCCAAGGAUUCGGCAGCCCCGGGACCCCCCACCCCCCCCUCCCCAAAUUUGGGACCAGCGGCGCUGGGACCCCCCCGGGGUGUGGGGGAGGGGGGGGUGGGUGAUUUUGGGGGGGGGGUUCGGUGCCAAGAUUUUGGGGGGACCCCCCCCACACACACCCCCCCACCCCUGCAGCCGCCCCCCCACCCCGUGCCCCUCCCCCACCUUGUACAGUCUGUAAAUACGGCCCCGCCCCCCCCCCGGACCCCCCCCUCGGACCCCUCCCCCAUUUUUAAGUUAUUCCUGCCCCGAGUUGUCCCCCCCUGACCC